AUGUUCGGGAAAGCCCAGAAGAAAAGGUGGUCAGGCUCGGGAACGGGCAGAAAGAGUGGCGGUCGCCUGAGGAGAUCAAGCAGCGGACAACUGCUAUUGAAACGCGUUGUCUGUGUCAAAAAGAUAAAGAAAUUCUGCCAUUGCCAACUUGGUUUUAAACAGAAACUGAACCGUCCUGUCCCCCGUCUGGGUGGCUUACAAGCACGUGGCUUAUUACUGCUGCAGAAGGUCAGCUGGGCAGCUCCUUGGAUCUUGUUCAUUUUGCAGGCGGCCCCAGGGGAAGUGACCGAGGCAGUGAAAGUGGCAAUAGAUGUGGGAUAUCGGCACUUCGACUGUGCAUACCUGUACCACAAUGAGAGUGAGGUCGGAGCUGGCAUCCAGUGCAAGAUCAAGGAGGGCAUGGUACGGAGGGAGGACCUGUUCAUCGUCAGUAAGCUCUGGUGCACCUGCCAUAAGAAGUCCUUGGUGAGAACAGCCUGCUCCAAGACUCUGAAGGCCUUGAAGUUGGAGUACCUGGACCUCUAUCUCAUACACUGGCCCAUGGGUUUCAAGCCUGGGGAUGAAGACCUGCCCUUGGACCGCAGUGGCAUGGUGAUACCGAGUGACACCGAUUUCCUGGACACGUGGGAAGCCAUGGAGGACCUGGUGACCUCAGGGCUGGUGAAAGCCAUAGGGGUGUCCAACUUCAACCACAAGCAGCUGGAGAGACUUUUGAAUAAACCCAACUUGAGGUUCAUGCCGUUGACUAACCAGGUUGAGUGCCACCCAUUUCUCGCUCAGAAGAAUCUGAUCAACUUCUGCCAGUCCAGAGGUGUGUCUGUGACUGCCUACCAGCCCCUUGGGGGUUCCAGUGGGGGCGUGGACCUGAUGGACAAUGAUGUGAUCCAGGCCAUCGCACGGAAGCACCAGAAGUCUCCAGCUCAGAUUUUGAUCCGGUUUCAGAUCCAGAGGGAUGUGAUAGUGAUCCCCAAGUCCGUCAACCCAAAGCGGAUUCUUGAGAAUAUCCAGGUAUUUGAUUUUGAAUUAACAGAACAGGAUAUGAGUGACCUCCUGGCUCUGGACAGGAACCUCCGACUGACCAAAUUCUCCACAGCUGAAAAUCACAAGGACUAUCCUUUCCACAUAGCGUACUGAGCCAGCUCCCGCUCCCUCCUCCUGUGCCACCCAGCCAAAUCCCAGGGUCUGGAGGGCUCCUCCACCCCACUCAGGGUGCUGCCUCAGAGGCACAGGCAGCUUGGCUGGGGAUGGGAGGGAUGAAGGCCGAGCUCCUGAGAAAUCCUCCAAAUCGGUGUGGUCUGAGAUUGAAGCAAGAAGCUUCCUGAGAGCAUGCUCGCCCCACAGAGAACCAAACAGGCUAAGAAUCCUACAAGCACUGUGUGGCGGGACCCACAUGGAGAACCUCUAAGGCCACGACUCAGCUUCAGCAAUGAGCACCUCCACCCUUCUCCCCACCAGUCACGCUGUGCCCCCAGAAGAUUUCCCAGAGAAAUCCUUACCUUCCUGCCUGGAAAGGAAGACUGGGUGAAAGUGCCUAGCUGUCUUAGUUCACACAGAAGCAUUUUUUUCUUUCUUAAAAUCUAAAUUUUAAUUUUAAAAUGCUAUUGUUUAAAAAAGUCUUCCUGGAAAUCAGAUUAUACCUGUGAAAACACCAAA